CUAGCAAGACAAAAUCCAAGUCGAGGUAAAAGUAGACUUAAGAUAAUCUUGUAUGAUUUAUCAGUAAAGCACAACAGUUUUGGAAGUAAUACAAUUCGUUAUUUUAAUUUUUAGUGCAAGAAACUUUUAUUUUUAUUUAAAAUGGAAAUAGAAAAUAUAAGAAAUAUUGAUUUAGAAGAAAUUGAUGAAAUUGAUUCUAGCGAUGAUGAAGAUUAUAUACGAGUUCCAAAGAGAUACAUAAGAGAUUGAAUGAAUCCGUUUGAAUUUUAUUAUGAACGAGAAUUCAAAAGGCGUUUUAAAUUUAAUAAAGAUUCUGUUCUAUAUGGAAUUCUAUCUAAAAUACAAAAUGAACUUAUACGUAAUAAUAACCGUGGCCUUCCUAUUCCUCCAUUGUGUCAAUUAUUAAUUUGUCUACGAUUUUAUGCAACAGGCAGUUUUCAACAAGUACUUGGAGAUACAAUAAUCGUCUCACAGCCAACUGUCUCAAGAAUAGUUUUUCGAGUAUCUCUACUUUUAGCAAGACUUUUAAACGAAAUUAUAAAGAUGCCUUCUUCACCCGAAGCCAUACAAGAAAAUCAAAGACUUUUUAAAGAUAUCGGACGUGGUAAUAGAGGUAUUGGUUUGCCUGGUAUCAAAGAAGCAAUUGAUUGUACACAUGUACGCUUAGUUGGUAUUAGGUUCCAUAAUAUUGAGGAAGUUUAUAGAAACCGAAAGGGAUAUUUUUCAUUAAAUGUACAGGCUGUCGUAGGCCCUAGAACAGAAUUCCUGGAUAUUGUUCCAGAAUGAUCGGGUGAUCAAC